ACAUAAAAAUAUUACGAGUAAUAAUAAUUACAAAAUAAUAAAACAAAAAUGACAACAAUCACAGAAGACCACCGCCACAUCUCACCACCAUCAUCUCCACCGCCGCCACAACCAACAUCCGUCACCCUCCUCCACCUUUCCUUCAACCAAGACACCGCCUGUUUCGCCGCCGGAACCACCCACGGUUUCCGCAUCUACAACACCGAUCCUUUCCGCGAAAUCUUCCGUCGCGAAUCCACCGACGGAGACGACGGCGGCGGCGGUAUUUCCGCCGUCCAAAUGCUUUUCCGGUGCAACAUCCUCGCCUUAGUCGGCGGUGGUCCACAACCUCAGUAUCCAGUCAACAAAGUCAUGAUUUGGGACGAUCACCAAGGCCGUUGUAUCGGCGAAUUAUCGUUCCGGACCGAAGUUAAAUCGGUCCGGCUACGACGAGAUAGAAUUAUAGUUAUUUUAGUUCAAAAAAUAUUUAUAUAUAAUUUUGUUGACUUAAAAUUGUUACAACAAAUUGAUACCGUUUCGAAUCCAAAAGGACUGUGUGAAGUGUCACAUGUGAGUGGUGUGAUGAUUUUAGUUUGUUUAGGUGUUAGGAAAGGCCAAAUUAGAGUCGAGAAUUACGGUUCGAAACAAACUAAGUUUAUUAUGGCUCAUGAUUCGAAAGUUGUUUGUAUUGCGUUGACGAAUGAUGGCACGUUGCUUGCUACCGCGAGUAGUAAGGGGACUUUAGUUAGGAUUUUUAGUACGAAUGAUGGGUCGUUACUUCAGGAGGUUAGGAGAGGUGCAGAUAGAGCAGACAUUUACAGCCUUGCCUUCUCUUCAACGGCGGACAGGCUAGCUGUUUCAAGUGACAGAGGAACCGUCCAUGUUUUCAACUUGAAGGUUGAUUCUGGGCCAAUGCAAACGAUAUCAGACCAAAACAGUGGACCCCCACCAGUUGUUUCACAUCUAUCGUUCAUGAAAGGUGUUCUACCAAAGUAUUUCAGCUCAGAAUGGUCAGUAGCUCGUAUUCAUUUGAACGAGGGUUUGCAGUAUGUAGUUGGUUUUGGUCACCAGAAGAAUACAGUUGUAAUCCUUGGCAUGGAUGGGAGCUUCUACCGAUGCCAAUUUGACCCUCAAGCUGGUGGUGAGAUGACAGUGGUGGAAUGUCACAAUUUCCUGAAGCCAGAUGAAACCUUGUCUUGACAAACAUAUUAGGCUGUCACAAAAACUCUCACCUUCGUUUUUAUGGUAUGUGUGUAUGUAAUACGUGUAUUUAAACAACUGAACGAGGGCAGUGUUCUCAAGACUGUAAAUAUGUAUAUUCUACUCUAAUAAUGGAAAUUUCUCUAGUUACUAGAAGGCAA